UUAUCUCAUUCAAGCACAGUUCUCCCACAGAUAUAUAAGCAAAGCCAGUGUGGUGGUCCCUGCAGAGCUGGCUUCAGCACUUGGGAGGUUCAGUCAUACAGGAGUGCAGCCUUCAAACACCAGCAAAUAUGAUGAUGAUGAAAGUAGAAGAGCUGGUGACUGGGAAGAAGGGGGAUGAUAAAGAGACUAGCAGUUUCCUCCCUGAGGACUUCAAAAAUGGAGAGUAUGAAGCUGCUGUAAGAUUAGAGAAGCAGGAGGACCUAAAGACCGUCCCUGAACACUCACUGAAUCGAGGUGAUCUGGCUUAUGAGAAGGAGAAAAAAAUAGAAGCAGAGCUGAAGAAAAAGAAAUUAGAGCAGAGGUCAAAACUUGAAAACUUGGAGGAUCUUGAAAAAAUCAUUCAGUUGAAGAAGAAGAAAAAAUGCAAGAAAGUGAAAGCUCCCAUUGUAAAGGAACCUGAACCAGAAGUUAUUACAGGACCAGUGGAUAUACCCACAUUCUUUAGAGCUGCACUGGAGAAUAAGCUGCUAGUAAUUGAAAAAUACCUGUCAGACAAAGGGGAUCCAAAUGUCUGUGAUCAGUACAAACGCACUGCAUUGCACAGGGCAUGCUCUGAAGGACAUCUAGAGGUGGUGAAAAAGUUGGUGGAAGCUGGAGCCCAGCUUGAACAGAAAGACAUGCUUGAAUCUACAGCCCUGCACUGGGCUUGUCGAGGGGGGAACCUGGAUGUUGUGAAAUUCCUACUGGACAAAGGAAUAAACAGAAAUGCAAGAGACAAGCUGCUCAGCACCCCUUUGCACGUGGCUGUGAGGACGGGUCAGUACGACUGUGGGGAGCACCUCAUCGCCUGUGAAGCAGAUCUCAAUGCCAGAGACAGAGAAGGCGACACACCGCUGCACGAUGCUGUCAGGCUGAACCGCUACAAAAUGAUCAGGCUGCUGAUUCUGUAUGGAGCUGAUCUAACUAUAAAGAACUGCCAAGGGAAAACCCCUAUGGAUCUUGUUCUUCAGUGGCAGAAUGGCACCAAAGAGAUAUUCAACAGCCUGAAAAACAAAUCCUAUAAGAGUGUCCAUCUAGGCAAGCUCUGAAGAGAGAAAGCAGACUGCUAUCUUUUUGCUGCUUUUAAAUGCUUCAAGUGAAUCUGGAGGAAUAUAGUCCUGAACAUAGUAUUUUUAGUGAAAAUAUUUAUGGUACUGGAUUAUUUGAAGUACCUUCACUGAAAACUGCAAAACAAACAUGCAAAGAAAUUACUUCAAAAGGCAGAUUGAGUGUUAAAGUUCCACUGGUCCUAAGAUGACUUUAUUUAUUACUAUUUAUUAUUUAUUUAUUUAAAAAAUAAUUUUUAAUGAUUCUCAGUAUUAUCAUAGCUUUUUUGAUAGAGCUUUACAUCCUAAUGCAACCUCUGCCAGCAACAUAAAUCUUUUUGUCUUAAAUGGCAGUGUUUCCAACUACAUUAGCAACUUCCCUCAAGCCUUCUAAUAGCUCUAAAUAGCAAAUACUUGCAACUGUCACCUCAUCUCAGCCAAAUUCUCAGUAUUAUUAGAAUAUGUUAAAUGAGUGGUGAUACGUGAAGAGCAAUGAAAGUGUACUGAGGUGCCAAGUGGAUUUGAAGAAGUAGUUGAGUAAUGGGGUUUACAUGGGGUUUGGCAAUUGUGGUUGACAACGAGCUCAAGGACAGAGCUCCAACCACCACGUAGCUGUUUGGACUGUGGGAUUCAGGUGCAAUGUUAUGAAGGUGAGAGGAGACAGUAUCAGGAAUGUGAAUUUUUUUAAGAUGGACUACUGUGAAGUCUGAUAAUUGAAGCAAAUUAUGUAUAUUUGUAAAUUUGUACUGCUUUUUCUGUACAUUUUGUACUGAUCUAUUUCAGAUUAAAUAAACAGAGUGGUUCUUUUUA